CAAAUCACCUCAACCUCCACAGCUCAGCUUCCACCCACUCUCAAACCCUCUCGCCGGAGCCCGAGCAAGCCAGCAAGCAAGCAAGAUGGACGGCAGCAAGGCGAAGAAGGUGGCGGCGAAGAAGUUCGGCGGGCCGAGGAAGAAGUCGGUGACCAAGUCCAUCAAGGCCGGGCUCCAGUUCCCCGUCGGCCGCAUCGGGCGCUACCUCAAGAAGGGCCGCUACGCCCAGCGCGUCGGCUCCGGCGCCCCCGUCUACCUCGCCGCCGUCCUCGAGUACCUCGCAGCAGAGGUGCUGGAGCUGGCCGGGAACGCCGCCAAGGACAACAAGAAGACCCGGAUCGUGCCCAGGCACCUGCUGCUGGCCAUCCGCAACGACCAGGAGCUCGGGAGGCUGCUGAGCGGCGUCACCAUCGCCCACGGCGGCGUGAUCCCCAACAUCAACCCGGUGCUGCUCCCCAAGAAGGCCGCUGAGAAGGCUGAGAAGGCCGGCGCCGCCCCCAAGUCGCCCAAGAAGACCACCAAGUCCCCCAAGAAGGCCACCAAGGCCUAGAUCCGGCCGUGCCGGUGAACUGAUGGUGCUCCGGCAGCCCUCGUGUGCCUAGUGUCUCUGUGUUAAGUUAGCUAUGGUGUGUUCCAGAGAGUGUUGAAGCUUGUCCUUUUGCUUUGCCCCACCAUGUAACCCUGAACGAAGAGGAAGCGUCUUGCUUCCUCUGUUCUUCUGAAUCCAUCUGGUGUCUAAUGCAGUGUUUGUUAAA